AUGAAACAAAAGACACUAGUGAUUACGAUGUUCUUGGCGUUUGCUGUGAUCGUUAUCGUACUGAUAAUCGGUUUGACAGUGUCAAGUAUCACAACUUCCACUGCGUCAAGUGACGGUGAUAACAAAUUUCGACAGGUUUCAGACGCUAACACUACGUCUAACGGGCUCAAAACACUGCGUACGUUAGACAAGAAAAAUUCUAGCAAUGGAUCUAGAGAUGAAGAGGAAGAAUUGACGGAUCCUUUGACGGAAAAUUACUCUGUGUCAGCACUUGCAGUCGGAGAUUGGGGUCGUACUAUUGCCAAAAAUGGUGGAUCUUGCUGCUCACGUCGCAAGUCUUUCACUGUAUUAGAUUAUAACGCCAUGGAAUACGUGGCAAUUUUACUCGGACAAGCUGCAGCUGCUGCUGAGCCUCGUCCGUCAGUUGUGAUUGGCCAUGGUGACAAUUUCUACUGGGAUGGUUUGCACGGCAUAACAGAUCAAGCUUAUCGUUUUCAACAAACCUUUGAAGACAAGUAUAAUUCUCCAAGUUUAGCUGGAAUUCCAUGGAUCAACGUGAUGGGGAAUCAUGAUUAUGGAGGUGCUAGUUAUGUGUGUACAGAUGGUGAGCAAGCGAUUGAAUGUUCUUCAACGGAAGCAUUGUUGGCUGCUUUGGACCAAAAAUUUAUGUUGCAGGCACAAUAUGUGAGUCCACAAAACAAUCGAUGGAUUAUGUCGGAUCAUUUUUUCGUAUAUUCAAUUGCUGAUCCAAAAACUAAUGUAACAAUUGACAUCUUUAAUCUGGACACAAAUGAUGCUCAUUCUCACGGUGCUCAGCAGAUUUGUUGUCAAUGCUAUGGCUACUCUGGGAAAGAUGACGAUUUGUGUGAAAAUGUCAAGCGUGGUGAUAGUCUGUGUGCCGGAGGAGACACGAAUAUGUUUGAUGCGUGUAUGGACAAGCUUCAAGCAUGGGGCGAUGACUCUCGUUUGAGACUUGCAGAAGCUGCAAAGGCCUCGAACGCGACGUGGAAGAUUGUAAAUACGCACUACUCGCCAUACAAUCACUAUGCACCAGGACCAGCUGAGAAAUGGCGUGAAGUGCUGGACGGACUUGGGAUCCAACUCUUUUUUUAUGGCCACACACACGGUGAAAAACAUGACUUUGCUGCAUUUAAGACGCACUUUAUCGAAAAUGGGGCAGGUGGCGGCAUUCAAAAUGAAUCACCUAGUGGCAUUCCACCGUAUGCUGAAACUUAUGUUGAAAAUGUUUGGGCUGCUGGCCAUUACCCUUACGGCUUCUUUUCGCUCAAAGUUUCCCCCACGUGGCUACAGGUAAGUUUUAAUACAUUUGACGAUAGCUGGACGAUGACUAAAGAUUUGGAUGCGACGGUUGUCGGUGGGAUUGCCAUUAAGCAUUGCUGGUACAUUCCACAACAUGGUGGACGAGGCAAAAGCUGUAAAGAUGCUGAGACGCAGGCAACAGGAUCGAAUUAG